AUGCUACGAUUUGGUCUUCAACGUGGGGCUCGGCGGCUUCUCACAACCUCUGCAACCCGGUCGAAACAAGUUGAUCUGGUGUGUCCAAUCUGUUUCGACUUUGGCUUUCCGCAAACUGCGUUUCGUGGCAACGUGGAAGAUGAUGCUCCAGAAAGCGCCGAUUCUAGGCCAUCGAGUCCCAAAAGCGAACACAGUGAUGAUGGAAAUGCCAAAGCUACACCAGGUAGCCCUCCUAAACCGUCAACUCCAGAAGCACCUCGAAACGGCCCGACAACGAGUAAAAUACGCCCUUCCAUGCAUUUGCUGACCAAAACGGAAACUAUGAGGCAUAAAUAUGAGAAUAAAAUUGAGCCAAUUUAUACGAUGCCAAUUGAUAACGAGAUAGUCGAUACCAGAGUAUAUGACCUUCUUGAGGGCCAAGAGCCAGAUUUCGAGAAAGGUGGCCACGAAGAGGCACAAUCCUUUGUCAAGGCGGAGCUCAUUAAGAAUAAGUCUAUUCCGUUCAAAUAUUGGAUUGAGCAGCCUUGUCCCUCACAUCGCAAUGCUGGAGACCAGGUUGCACCUUGUGUGGCCUUAAGACGUGGCCUCCAUGACUAUAUGAUGGCAACCAGUCCGGGAUAUGCGGAACGGCAGGAGAUAAUGCCCGAAUUGGGAUUUGUUACUACAGGAGGAAGUUCGGCUUCUCAUUGUCUUCGAAUUGGCCACUUGGGUGCUGGAGAGCUACCAGCGCAUGCGUGGGGUAUAGAGAGCUUUCUCAAGACAGGUAUGUGUGAAAUUGGGAAUGACAGAUAUAUCAACACCAGGUAUCUAACAAAUAUGUUUGCAGAGAUCCCGUCCCCUUGGAGACAGCCUUGGUUUCCAGACCGUGGAUUAACAGUAUUCGAGCGGACAGUGCCAUCUGGAAAUACUGCGUCUGAUGAAGCGUUCCAAAAGGCUACGAAUUGGUUCCGUGAAUGCAACGACACCCAUGAAGAUUGCCUGGUUGGAGAGAUCCCAGAGAUGCCUGAACGAGUUCUCGACAUCGCUGCUGAAGGCACUGCGUCCGGUGUCAAGUUGGUUCAAACGAACGGUAAGAAGGCUAGAUACGCUUGUUUAAGCCAUCGAUGGGGGAAGGGAACGUCUCAAGCUACGAAGCAGAAUUUUGAAUCGCUGUGCAGCGAAGUUCCAUGGGAUUACCUCUCGCCUACCUAUCAAGACUCUAUAACAUUUCUGAGAAAAUUCUCAAAAUGGCACCAAGAACAAUACGGAGAGGAGAUACGCUAUAUAUGGAUCGACAGCUUGUGCAUUAUCCAAGAUUCCAAGAGCGACUGGAAGAAACAUUCUCUCAAAAUGAGCGACAUAUAUUCCAACUCCUCCAUCACCUUGGUAGAGAGCCACGGACUUCAUACAGAGAAGAGAUUGUUCCAAGACUCUUCUGCCAGGUUGAACUCAAAUCCUGUCUCUAUCCAAGACGCAGAAGGCAAUGAUCAUGAAUUACACUAUCGACACACCAUCUAUCAUCCCACGUUCAUGGUCAAAGAUGAUGACAUUCCAGUCUGGAAGAGAGCAUGGGUAUUCCAAGAACGCCUUUUGUCGCGCCGCCUUCUCAUUUUCGGACCUGAUGAGCUUUCAUGGCAAUGCGCCAGCCACCAUAAAUGCGAAUGUGGCCUUGAAGAACUCGAAACCCAAAGUACUAAACUCAUGAAAGAAUGGGAGGAUGACAUUCACAUUCCGCUGCAUUCAGCAAGUAGCAGAAGAGACAUGCAGCUAACGCUUGGCAACAAUCCCUCUCACAAGCAACUUCGAAAAGCCUGGCGACUCGUCGUUGAGGAAUAUUCGCGGCUUGACUACACAUACCGCAGCGAUACUCUGUUCGCCAUAGCAGGUCUUGCAAAGAACUUUAAUGCAAGAUUGGGUGGUAAAAAGUAUUUCGCUGGCAUCUGGUAUGAUGAGCCUCAAGGAAAUGAAGAGGAGGAAAACUUGGAGCCUCAUGCAGAGACAGCUCUGGAUCUGCUAUGGAGGCUCGCCUAUGCUAAAGACGCUGGGAGAGAGAAUCUUCCCGAACCCGCGGUGCCUAUAUCAUGGAGCUGGGCAUAUCCCGAAUGCGAAAUCGUCUACCCGUUUCACGACGAUGAGGUGAUUAAUCAUUAUACUUUGGUGGUAUCACUAGGAGGCGCUAUGAAUGUUCCCAAACUGCCUGAUGAUCACGAUGAGCCACGAGAUUGGGUGAUGGAUGACAUGUACACAGAGGUCCCUCCCUCUGCAAUCAUUCUCGCCGGUCCUCUUUGGAAGACGGAAGUUACUAUGGCGCCGCAUCUCUUUACGAUUAAAGAUACUGAGUAUCCGGAGUACACUUACUUCUUGGGAGCCAUGUCGGCCGAGAUUCUUCAAGAGAGCGUCGUCGGGAGACAGAUUCGCCAAACAAGACUUAUUAUCACGCCCCCCAAGGAUGAGGGAGAGAGCAAUGAAUCUGCGGUAAACAAGAUGCCACAACUUGUCUUUUACCCGGACAGCACGAACACCGUCAUUACCGAAUCGCUUUACUGUCUGCCGAUGGCGAGUUUUAAGCGCCUACCUAUCAAGUCCACUGUAAAGGAAAAGGUCGUAUUUGCCGCCUUGGUACUGGAGCCUGUGGGGCACAAGGCUAAUACCGAGGGCUACGACCCGGAUUUAUCGCAUAGAGAUGUCUCGGAACUGGUUUUUCGAAGAGUUGGAUUGGCGUAUACGACGGAUGGGGGCUGGAGUGAGGAGCAUGAGAAGAUGUUGGAAAAGAUGCCCGCCAAUGUUGUGUACAUAGUUACGUAG